UUUCCAGAACCCAACUCACUCCACGUCCUUCCUUGAUUCUAAAUGGCCACAUUCUUCAGCUGGGAUUACUCGGAUGUCCUUACAGCCUACACAUUCGAGAAUUCACAGCCGUCAGCCACCAUCUCUGAUGAGGAAGUCUACGCCACGGUAGCGACCAGUCCGCCGAAGCGGCGAGCCGGGCGAAGGAAAUUCCGCGAGACACGGCACCCAUUAUACAAGGGUGUCAGGCAGAGGAACGGCGGCAAGUGGGUCUGCGAGCUGCGCGAGCCGAACAAAACCUCACGGCUGUGGCUCGGGACGUUCCAGACCCCUGAGAUGGCCGCCCGGGCCCAUGACGUAGCUGCAAUGGCUCUCAGGGGCCGGUCGGCCUGUCUCAAUUUCGCUGAUUCGGCCUGGUGCCUGCCUGUGCCAGUGUCCGGCAGCACCGAAGAUAUUCGGAAGGCAGCAGUGGAAGCUGCUGAAGCUUUCCGGCCUCUGAAAUCUGAGACGGCUUCCGGCAUCAGUGACACAAGCUCGGUGGAGAAUUCGAUGUAUUCGCCGCCGGAGAAUGUGUUUUACGUGGAGGAUGAGGUGGAUUGCGGUAUGCCGGGAUUGCUUGAGAGCAUGGCGGAGGGAUUGAUGGUUUCGCUGCCUCCGUACCACUUAAGUGGGUCCCACUGGGAUGACGUAGCAUGUGAUGCUGACGUGUUGCUGUGGAGCCACUCCAUUUGAUUGAGUUCAAUGGCAGGCUCCCCCUUCGUGUGUGCCGAGUGCGUACCGUGCGCCUUUAUCAAAAUCUGUCGGGCGCACUGACGCCAUAGACGUACGGAUGCAAUCAGUAGAUGUUAGAUAUUCGAGCUUUUCCUUUCUUUUUCCUCUGUCUGUGUGUAUUGCAGGUCUCUGCUCGUUUGUAAAUGAAAUAAAACAGCUGCAAGUACAUAUUA